CUUGUCAGCAUUUAUUACAAUCUGUCCUUUUUAAAUUAUAAAGUAUUCAUUCCUCCAACUGAUUAUAAAUGCCUUAAAAUUAGACACUAAAAAAAAAAAAUAAAAAAAUUAGACAUUAAAACAAAAUCCUUAUACUGAGUUUUAUAUCACCUUCUAUUUGGUGCUCUGACUACAACAGGCACCAAGUAUGUAUGAACCACCUGUGUCUAAUAGAGCUGAAGUAAUUCAUUACAGUAAUAUAAUGUCUGUCUAGGACUCCAGCUUGGAUGAAAGGAAGGGGAAGAGGUGCCAUGGCAGUUAAUGUCCACUAGAGGCUCUCAGGGUUGGGCAGGGUGUGGGGGCUGGUAUAUGUGAUCUCCCACUACCCCCCACCUGGCUGGAGCUAAAAUAAUAAAAUGCUGAGCUCACUGUUCCCCCACCCUUUGCUGGGUGCUGUGCUCCUCCUGCUGUUGAGACGGUGCUCCAGUACAACAGACAGACCAACCAGCAGGGGGACGUGAGAAGGGAGGUGGCCACAGGACUGGUAGGUGGAGAAGGCUGGGGGCUUGUGGAUAAGAGCCUGGUGGGAAAUGGGAGAAGAGUGGCUCCUAUGGGGAAUGAUACGGAGUCUGUCUUUGUCUUUGUCACCAGUGUAUGUCUGCCACUGUCCGUCUGAUCCCUUAACUGUAUGAUUUACAUCGUCAGUAUGUGUUGUCACACACUUUCUGGAUCUUUGAUAUCCAGCAUGGAUAGCUUUUAUGUACUUUUUAUAUUGUGAAAGAUUGUGCUAAUGUAACCUUACCACUGUUUUUAGAGAAAUUAUACCCCAUUUAGAAGGCAUUUCCCACCCAUUGGUCCGGUGUCACCUUCCUAUCCAAAGCUAGAGACAAGUUAUGGGAACUAAGUGCCUUCUCCUGAGGGCUUACCACCCUUCCCCCAACCUGGAAGUCCCCCAGCUUUUCUGAGCAAUGUUUUCCCUUAGGACUUAGAAUUUUAGCAAAUACAGAAAGUGAAAUCUUGAUCUCUCACAAUAAAUGAGGAAAUUAGGGUGGAGUAAAAGGUUGUUGCUUUCCAUCUCUAGUUUACCUUUCCUUUAACCAGUUUAGGAAAAAGGCUGGAUUAUGGGGAAGAGAGAAGAAAUUUCCCUGAAGCUGUCUGUCCCCCCUCCCAACUCCUUUCAAUAGGAACUGGGCUAGGGGCCAGCUGUGUGGGCAGAGCUCCCAGCAGGAGGGUGAGAGGCACCGCAGGAUAGGUUAUAGGGCAGGGGUACUGCCAGGGUUUCUCUGUCAUACAGUGGGAAGACGACAAACCCAGGCUGGACGCCUGGGUUCCCCAGUCAGAGUGGCUAGAAGCUGGAGAAGCAGGAAGGAGACUAUAGUUCUAACUGUAGAUGAGCUAACCUUGCCUUGUCUUCCUACCUCCUAUUAGAUUAAUAACCUGCAAGGUAUCCAGUCCAAUGUUUUGCCCCCUGGCUGGUCUCUUCAUGUCUGUGUCCAUCUUUCCAUUGUCCAACCACUUUUUACAUGUCCCCCAGGCUCUGAGUGCCACACAUUGGGGAGGGGGCGGGGGCCAUCAUGUCAUCAUACCAGAAGGAACUGGAGAAAUACAGAGACAUAGAUGAAGAUGAGAUCCUAAGGACCCUGAGCCCUGAGGAACUGGAGCAGCUGGACUGCGAGCUGCAGGAGAUGGACCCUGAGAACAUGCUCCUGCCAGCUGGACUGAGACAACGUGACCAGACAAAGAAGAGCCCGACGGGGCCUCUGGACCGAGAGGCCCUUUUGCAAUAUCUGGAGCAGCAGGCAUUAGAGGUCAAAGAGCGUGAUGACUUGGUGCCCUUCACAGGCGAGAAGAAGGGGAAACCCUAUAUUCAGCCCAAGAGGGAAAUCCCAGCACAGGAGCAGAUCACCCUGGAGCCUGAGCUGGAGGAGGCGCUGGCACACGCCACUGAUGCGGAAAUGUGUGAUAUUGCAGCAAUUCUAGGCAUGUACACGCUGAUGAGCAACAAGCAGUACUAUGACGCCAUCUGCAGUGGGGAGAUCUGCAACACAGAAGGCAUUAGCAGUGUGGUACAGCCUGACAAGUAUAAGCCAGUGCCAGAUGAGCCCCCAAAUCCCACAAACAUUGAGGAGAUACUAAAGAGAGUUCGAAGCAAUGACAAGGAGCUGGAGGAGGUGAACCUCAAUAACAUACAGGAUAUCCCGAUACCCAUGCUAAGUGAGCUGUGUGAGGCAAUGAAGACAAAUACCUAUGUUCGAAACCUCAGUCUGGUGGCCACGAGGAGUGGUGACCCCAUCGCCAAUGCGGUGGCUGACAUGUUACGUGAGAAUCGUAGCCUCCAGAGCCUGAACAUCGAAUCCAACUUCAUUAGCAGCACAGGGCUUAUGGCUGUGCUGAAAGCAGUUCGGGAAAAUGCCACACUCACUGAGCUCCGUGUAGACAACCAGCGUCAAUGGCCUGGUGAUGCAGUAGAGAUGGAGAUGGCCACUGUACUAGAGCAGUGUCCCUCCAUUGUCCGCUUUGGCUACCACUUUACACAGCAGGGGCCACGAGCUCGGGCAGCCCAGGCCAUGACCAGGAACAAUGAACUACGUCGCCAGCAAAAGAAGAGAUAACACUGCCACACUGCAUUUCGCUUUACCAACUAGAGCUGGGAGCGAUGGACACUUAAACCCUCAUUUAUCCCCCUUUCCUGUAAAUAAAAGCCCUUCUGUUCA